AAACAUCCCUGCGCUAGGUGUUCCCCUUGCCUGCCGUAAGGGCCGCCGCUUCGAGUCCCCGUCCCGGCGAGCCCAGGUGCGUUCUCCAAGAGGAGCAGGCAGGAGGGAGACAUGGCCACAAGAUUGCUGCCAGCCCAGCCUCUGGAGUCUGUGACAUUCAGGGAUGUGGCUGUGUUCUUCAGCCGAGAUGAGUGGUUGCAUCUGGACUCUGCGCAGAGAACCUUGUACCAGGAGGUGAUGCUGGAGAACUACAGCACUCUGUUCUCGCUGGGGAUUCUGUUUUCCAAACCAAAAGUUAUCCUCCAGUUAGAGCAAGGGGAAGACCCCUGGAUGGUGGAAAAUGGAGUUUCUCAAAGCACAUUUCUAGGAUGGGAGAGCUUGUUUGAAACCACAGUUUCUGAAGAAGAAAAUCAGGAAGUAAUGAAUCAACUCAUAGGUGAUGGUCCUUUUGACUUCAAGUUGGAAGAAAUCUACAUAAAUGAGGAAAAACUAGAGAAUCAGCAAGGCAAAAAGAACAGACCUUUGAGGGAAGUCUUAGUUACCAUCAAGAAAACUUGUAUGAAGGAGAAGAGCUUUACAGGUAUUGACCUUGGGAAAAAUCUUGAUCUAAAUUUAUCACUUAUUAGAAAACCCAGAAUUGUUUCCAGAGGAAGGAAACCCUGUUCACAGCAGUAUUCAAUUCUAUUUAAACAGCUGGGAAUCAACACAGUGCGUAAGUGUUACAAGUGUAGUGUCUGCGGAAAAAUCUUCCUCCACAGUUCUUCUCUGAGUAAACAUCAGAGAAUCCAUACUGGAGAGAAGCUCUAUAAAUGUAAGGAAUGUAGGAAAGCUUUUAGCCAAAGCUCAUCUCUAACUCAGCACCUGAGAGUUCAUACUGGAGAGAAGCCUUAUAUAUGUAGUGAAUGUGGAAAAGCCUUCAGUUUCACUACAUCUCUCAUUGGACAUCAAAGAAUGCAUACUGGAGAGAGACCCUAUAAAUGUAAUGAAUGUGGAAAAACAUUUAAAGGUAGUUCAUCCCUUAAUAAUCACCAGCGAAUUCAUACUGGAGAAAAGCCCUAUAAGUGUAAUGAAUGUGGGAGAGCCUUUAGCCAGUGCUCAUCUCUUAUUCAGCAUCAUAGAAUUCAUACUGGAGAGAAACCGUAUGAAUGUAGUCAGUGUGGGAAAGCCUUUACUUCAAUAUCGCGGCUAAGUAGACACCAUAGAAUUCAUACUGGAGAGAAACCCUUUAAUUGUAAUGAGUGUGGAAAAGUAUUUAGUUACCACUCAGCUCUUAUUAUACAUCAGAGAAUUCACACUGGUGAGAAACCUUAUGCCUGUAAAGAAUGUGGGAAAGCUUUCAGCCAAAGUUCAGCUCUUAUACAACAUCAAAGAAUUCAUACUGGAGAAAAACCUUACAAGUGUAAUGAAUGUGGGAAAGCUUUCUCCUGGAUUUCACGGCUUAAUAUACACAACAGAAUCCAUACUGGAGAGAAACCAUAUAACUGUAAGGAAUGUGGAAAAGCCUUCAGUUCCCACUCAGCAGUUAAUACUCAUCGAAAAAUUCAUACUGGAGAGAAACCUUAUAAAUGUAAUGACUGUGAAAAAGCCUUCAACCAAAGCUCAGCUCUCAUUCAGCAUCAGAGAAUUCAUACUGGAGAGAAACCAUAUAACUGUAAAGUAUGUGGUAAAGCCUUUAGACAGAGUUCAUCCCUUAUGACACAUAUGAGAAUUCAUACAGGAGAAAAGCCUUAUAAAUGUAAAGAAUGUGGGAAAGCUUUCAGUCAGAGCUCAUCCCUUACAAAUCAUCAGAGGACUCAUACUGGAGAAAAAGAGUCAGUGACGUUUAGGGAUAUAGCUGUGCUCUUCAGCCAGAACGAGUGGUUGCACCUGGACUCUGCCCAGAGAACCUUGUACCGGGAGGUGAUGCUGGAGAACUACAGCACCCUGGUCUCGCUGGGGAUUCCAUUUUCAAUGCCAAAGUUGAUCUGCCAGUUGCAACAUGGAGAAGAUCCCUGUAUGGUGGAAAGAGAAAGCCCUCAAGAUACCUGCCUAGGUUUCAAGAUAUGGCCUGAAAAAGCAGCAUUGCCUCCCGAACAGGACAUUUCUAUAGAAGAAACAUCUCAGGGAAUAAUAAAGAAAAAAUCCAUUAAGUUUGGUCACUUGGAUGUCACGUUUGGAGAAACUUUGGAAUUUGAGGGCAGGAGACAGCAAGAGCAACAGAAGAAACCUCUCAGGCAAAUGAUGGCCUCACACAAAAAAACCAUCAAUGAAGCUGGAAACCAGACAAGUCUUGAAUUAGGGAAAGGCUUAUUUAUAAAUACAGUUCUUGUUAGACAACAAAGUGUUCCUAUAGAAAGGUUACCCAAUAUAUAUUAUACUUUGGGGGGAGAUGUUAAACAGAAUUUUGAUCUAAUGAGAUGUUUCCAGAUUUACCCAGGAGAAAAAGCUCAUAUUUACAAUGAAUGUGGAAAAAGCUUCAACCAGAGUCUACAUCUUACUGAACACCAGAGAAUUCAUACUGGUGAGAAACCUUACAAAUGUAAUGAGUGUGGGAAAACCUUCAGCCACAGAUCAUCCCUUCUUGCCCAUCAGAGAAUUCAUACUGGAGAGAAACCUUACAAAUGUAAUGAAUGUGAGAAAGCAUUUAGCAGUAGUUCAACCCUUAUCAAACAUCUGAGAGUGCAUACUGGAGAGAAACCCUAUCAGUGCAAGGAAUGUGGUAAAGCCUUUAGCCAGUGUUCAACCCUCACUGUACAUCAGAGAAUUCAUACUGGAGAGAAACUCUAUAAAUGUGGAGAAUGUGAGAAGGCCUUCAAUUGUAGAGCAAAACUUCAUAGACAUCAAAGAAUCCAUACAGGUGAGAAACCCUAUAAAUGUAGUGAAUGUGGGAAAAGUUACAGCCAGUUUACAUCCCUGGCUGAACAUCAGAGGCUUCAUACUGGAGAACAACUGUGUAAAUGCUUGGAAUGUGGGAGAAACUUCACUCGCAUCUCAACCCUUAUUGAACAUCAGCGGAUUCAUACUGGACAAAAACCAUAUCAAUGUAAUGAAUGUGGGAAAGCCUUCAACCAGUAUUCAUCCUUUAAUGAGCAUCAGAAAAUUCAUACUGGGGAAAAACUUUACACAUGUGGAGAAUGUGGGAAAGCCCUUGGUUGCAAAUCUAACCUUUAUAGGCAUCAGAGAAUUCAUACUGGAGAGAAACCCUAUCAGUGUAAUCAGUGUGGAAAAGCUUUCAGCCAGUAUUCAUUCCUAACUGAACAUGAGAGAAUCCAUACUGGAGAGAAACUCUAUAAAUGUAUGGAAUGUGGGAAAGCCUACAGUUACAGAUCAAACCUUUGUAGACACAAAAAAGUUCACAAUAAAGAAAAACUCUAUAAAUGGAAGGAAUAUGGGAUCAGAGAAUUUCUUAGAGGAGAUAAGCCCUGUGAAGUUUAA